GAAGUGUUCAUCGGUCAAAAUUUGCUUACCUCAGCAGAGACAAAAAAUUAAUGGGCAAAAGUGCAGUCUGUAGGUGACAAACAGCAUGUUUGGUGCUUCAAGGAAGAAGUUUGUAGAGGGGGUUGAUGGUGACUACCAUGAUGAAAACAUGUACUACAGCCAAUCAUCGAUGUUCCCACAUCGGUCAGAAAAAGAUGCAAUGUUGCAGAAGUGGAUCUUAGGAUGGGACUUCAAGAGAAGGAAGAUGCUGGCAUCACCAUCAACAUCAGGUCAGCUGUCUCAGUUUGGGGCAAGUUUAUACGGGCAACAAAGUGCACUAGGCCUUCCAAUGAGGGGAAUGAGCAACAAUACCCCUCAGUUAAAUCGCAGCUUAUCACAAGGCACUCAAUUACCGAGCCACGUAACGCCAACAACAGGGGUACCAACAAUGUCACUUCACACGCCUCCAUCUCCGAGCAGGGGGAUAUUGCCUAUGAAUCCUAGGAAUAUGAUGAACCACUCCCAGGUUGGUCAGGGCAUUGGAAUUCCCAGCAGGACAAACAGCAUGAGCAGUUCAGGGUUAGGCAGCCCCAACAGAAGCUCUCCAAGCAUAAUAUGUAUGCCAAAGCAGCAACCCUCUCGACAACCUUUUACUGUGAACAGUAUGUCUGGAUUUGGGAUGAACAGAAAUCAGGCGUUUGGAAUGAAUAACUCCUUAUCAAGUAACAUUUUUAAUGGAACAGAUGGAAGUGAAAAUGUGACAGGACUGGACCUCUCAGAUUUUCCAGCGCUAGCAGACAGAAACAGAAGGGAAGGAAGUGGCAAUCCAACUCCAUUAAUAAACCCUUUAGCUGGAAGGGCUCCCUAUGUUGGAAUGGUAACAAAACCAGCAAGUGAGCAGUCCCAGGACUUUUCAAUACACAAUGAAGAUUUUCCAGCAUUACCAGGCUCCAGCUACAAAGACCCAACAUCAAGUAAUGAUGAUAAUAAGUCUAAUUUGAAUACAUCAGGCAAAACAUCAUCCAGCACAGAUGGGCCCAAGUUUCCUGGAGAUAAAAGUUCAACUACGCAAAACAACAACCAGCAGAAAAAAGGGAUCCAGGUGUUACCUGACGGUCGGGUUACCAACAUUCCUCAAGGGAUGGUGACGGACCAGUUUGGAAUGAUUGGCUUGUUAACAUUCAUCAGGGCAGCAGAGACAGAUCCAGGAAUGGUACAUCUUGCAUUAGGAAGUGAUUUAACAACACUAGGUCUCAAUCUCAACUCUCCUGAAAAUCUUUAUCCCAAAUUUGCAUCACCCUGGGCAUCAUCACCUUGUCGACCUCAAGACAUAGACUUCCAUGUUCCAUCUGAAUACUUAACUAACAUUCACAUUAGGGAUAAGCUGGCUGCAAUAAAACUUGGCCGAUAUGGAGAAGAUCUCCUGUUUUAUCUCUAUUACAUGAAUGGAGGAGAUGUAUUACAGCUAUUAGCAGCAGUAGAGCUAUUUAACCGAGAUUGGAGAUACCACAAAGAAGAACGAGUAUGGAUCACCAGGGCACCCGGCAUGGAGCCAACAAUGAAAACCAAUACAUACGAGAGGGGAACAUAUUACUUCUUUGACUGUCUUAACUGGAGGAAAGUAGCUAAGGAGUUCCAUCUGGAAUAUGACAAAUUAGAAGAAAGGCCUCAUCUGCCAUCAACCUUCAACUACAACCCUGCUCAGCAAGCCUUCUAAAGACUUCCCUUUUCUUGGGGUAUGGCUGUCUCAGCACAAUACUCAACAUAACUGCAGAACUGAUGUGGCUCAGGCAUCCUGGUUUUAAUUCCUUGAGGAUCUGGCAAUUGGCUCAUGCGAAGGGUCACCAUUUGAGGUCCUGCCUUACUAAUUAUGUGCUGCCCACCAACUAAAUUUGUAAUUGUUUUCUUUAGUUUGAGCAGGGUCUGAAUUUUUGUUUUUGUUUUAUUUUUUUGCCAGCAGACAAGCUUGGGUCUGUAAAGACAAGCAAGUACACUGACAAAAGUUUACCACUUAGUUUUCCAAAAUGUAAAAAGGAGGAAAAAAAAGAAAAAAGACAAAAAAAAAGAAAAAAGACAAAAAAUUAGACAACAAAAUUUGCAUUGUUCAUUGUAGCACUAUUGGUAAUAAAAAUGUUUGUGCAUUUUUAUGUGAAGAUCCUUCUCGUAUUUCAUUUGGAAAGAUGAGCAAGGUUUGCUUCCUUCAUUUUACUUCCCCUUCUGUUUUUGAAAGGCAGUUUUCGCCAAGCUUAAUGCAAGAAUAUCUGACUGUUUAGAAGAAAGAUAUUGCCACAAUCUCUGGUUAGUUUCCAGAGUUGUGUAUUACUGAGCUUCAUCUUUCCAGAAUGAGCAAAACACUGUCCAGUCUUUGUUACGAUUUUGUAAUAAAUGUGUACAUUUUUUUUAAAUUUUUGGACAUCACAUGAAUAAAGGUAUGUAUGUACGAAUGUGUAUAUAUUAUAUAUAUGACAUCUAUUUUGGAAAAUGUUUGCCCUGCUGUACCUCAUUUUUAGGAGGUGUGCAUGGAUGCAAUAUAUGAAAACGGGACAUUCUGGAACUGCUGGUCAGGGGACUACUUUGUCGCCCUGUGCACUAAAGGGCCAGAUUUUCAGCAGCCAAGGACAUCCAUACCCAAGUGAAUGUGAUGGGACUUAAGUGAACUGAGACAAUUCACUCUGGCUGUUUGAACAGCAGCGUUUCAUAGGAAGAGAAAAAAAAAAAAGAUCAAUCUUGUAUUUUCUGACCACAUAAAGGCUUCUUCUCUUUGUAAUAAAGUAGAAAAGCUCUCCUCACUGCA